UCCAGCCCGGGACAGAUCCGCUUGACUCCUCCUCCUCCACCACCACCACUAUGUCUUCUGAAGAAGGAAAACUCUUCGUUGGGGGUCUGAAUUUCGAGACCGACGAACAAGGCCUGGAGCAGCAUUUUGGCUCUUUCGGCCCCAUCUCUGAGGUGGUCGUAAUUAAAGACAAAGAGACCCAGAGGUCCAGAGGCUUUGGCUUCAUCACCUUUGCCAACCCGGAACAUGCGUCAGAUGCCAUGAGGGCAAUGAAUGGAGAGUCCGUGGAUGGGCGUCAGAUCAGAGUUGACCAUGCUAAGUAACAAAUGUGUACUUUACACGCUAACAAAUAGAUACUGUAGAAACUCAGCUCUUUAAAAAUUACUUGUUAAAUAUUUAUCCGUAAGGAAUUUUGUAUGUACACUUAGUAGACUACCAUGUGCGGAAUUAAAGUUACUCAUGUAACUAUAGCCAAGUAGGCCAGUCUUCAUCUUUACUGUGUACUCAUUUUCAGUCUAUUUAACCAGGGAGUCUAACCACUAACAUUGACUUUGCUUUGAGAACUGUGUACUGGGAACUGAGGUGUAAUGAAGCUAAUGGACACCGGAAAUGUCACUUGUCUUAGGCUGAUGCCUUACCCAAUUCUUUUUAUUUGCUAUUUGAGCCAUUGAAAGACAAAUAAACUUCCAUUUUUUAA